AUGUCGACCUCGAAGGUUUCUGGGACCUUUGCGCUACCGAGGAUCAUAACACUCUUCGCCUCCUUACUCUGUGCUCUGGGCUCUGGUACCAAUUAUGUCUAUUCAGGUGAAACUGUUUAUGGAGACACUUUAUACAGGGCAUUAACACAGGGAAACAGCAUAUGCUCCACAGCUUGGUGCUCGUCUUCACAUCAACCACACCCUCCUAAAUGUUGUCGGCCUGGGUGGUAA